UAAAACCAAGUUCAUGGGCACUUCUUAUGGCAGCAAUAGCUCUCAAAUAUAGAGAAGAAUUCCCUGGUUUUUGUCUUCCUCUAGAGAGAGCAACAAAUUCCUAGCUUUGUGUUCACCUAAAAACAAGCCCUCCCUUUUAGAGUGCACCAACAACAAGAAAGAGAAAGAAAGAAACAACACAGUUUUGGAAAAGCAAAGAAAGGACAGAAAACACAAACUUCCUAUAACUAUCUCCAUACAAUCUCUUUUCUAAUAUGUCAAAUAAUACAGGUGAUGAUGGAAGCUUCUCUUCAGGCAAUACUGGGGAAGAAGUCCAACGGCUUCAAGAAAAUAAGAUACAAAACCACUUCCAAGGCUCAAGUUCAGGACCAUCCACCGCCGCUGCAGCAAAUAUCAAUGGCUCAUCUACCCAACCGCAACCACAAGAACCACCAGUUAAGAAGAAAAGAAAUCUACCGGGAACUCCAGAUCCAACCGCAGAAGUUGUUGCUCUGUCACCAACAACACUUAUGGCGACAAACCGAUUUGUGUGUGAAAUUUGCAACAAGGGGUUCCAAAGGGACCAAAACCUCCAACUCCACCGGAGAGGUCAUAAUCUUCCAUGGAAACUGAGGCAAAGAACAAGCACUGAGGUGAGGAAAAGAGUAUACAUAUGCCCAGAGCCAACAUGUGUUCACCACAACCCAGCUCGUGCAUUAGGUGAUCUUACCGGCAUCAAGAAGCAUUUUAGCAGGAAACAUGGAGAGAAGAAAUGGAAAUGUGACAAGUGUUCUAAGAAAUAUGCAGUGCAAUCUGAUUGGAAGGCUCAUCAAAAAACUUGUGGCACUAGGGAAUACAAAUGUGAUUGUGGAACAAUCUUCUCCAGGAGAGAUAGCUUUAUCACUCAUAGAGCUUUCUGUGAUGCAUUAGCUGAAGAAAACAACAAAGUAAACCAAGGAGGAAUAAUUCCCAGCAUGGGAUCAAACAUACCAGGCCAAAUGCCUGACCUCAUGGCUUCAAUGCCCAUAGAUAGCAACACCAACACAUCUGUGGGAAUAUCAGAAUUCAACAACUAUGAUCCCAAAAACCCACUCAAAUCCCUCCCUCAAGAACUCAUGCCAUUUAAAACCAUGAACAUGGCAGGUGGCAUGUUUUCAACCAGUUCAGGUUCACUAUUUGGCAGUCCAAGAAACAUUUCUUCAUCUUCUUCUAGCCUUCAACUCAGUCCAAAUAGCCCAUCAGGCAUCAACUAUUUCCAAGAUAGCAAAACUGGCAGCCAACUUUCUGGGUCGGCUCACAUGUCCGCUACCGCCUUGUUGCAAAAAGCAGCCCAAAUGGGUGCAACAGCAAGCAAUAGCAUCAACUCACCCAUGAUGCAAAAGGGCUUUGUUAGUAGCAUGGCUGGUCCUGAUCAGCUCUCAGGCAUGAGAGCAAUUCAGCAACAUGACAACUCAUUUGAACGCUUCCAAACACAGUCUGAUCAGUCCACUUUAGUAGGGAUCAAUGGUGGAGGAUUCACCAACCCACUCCUUCAAAAAAGCCCACAAGAAAUCUCUCAAUUGUUCGAGUCUGGAACUGGUAGCUCAGCUAUGAGUGACAUGGGAGGGUUUGGUGGAAUGUUCAACAUGGGAGGUGGAGACCAAAGCCAAGGGUUUGUGAAGAAUAUGGAAACUGAGGCUAGUAAUAGUUCUAAUCUGAUGCAGGGAAGAUCUCCGAUGCCCACGGGUCGGAGUUUGACAGGAAUGUCGAGGUUUGGAGGGAACGGCAGCGGUAACAACGAUAUGAUGACAGUUGAUUUCUUGGGAAUUGGAGGUUCGAGGCCUCCGAAUUUCCAUGAACAACAACAGAGGCAACAACAGCAACAACAAAGAUUGGAAAUGGAAGCAAUGAGUCAACAGAGAAUGCAAGUAAUGAAUCCUUUCCAACAACAUCUCUCGCAAGGCGAACCAACCAUGGAAAAGUCCAUAUGGGAUGUCUGAGAGCAGGGAUGUUUUUCCACUCAAUAGAAGGAUGACAGAGUCUAGGAACAUAGAAAUCAAACAUAGAACUGAUUUGUGGUGAGAAACUUGGUCUAAGCUCUUCUAGAAACACUGAAAUUGAACACGGAACUGGAUUGUGUUCGAUUUUUUGUUUAGUUAUUGUGUCCAAUUCUAUGGAACUGGAUUGUGUUCGAUUCUGUAUUCAAUUAUUAUGUCCAAUUCUAUAUUGGGUUGUUGUGUUCCUAUAAGAAAUUAGACCAAAUUUCUUACUACAAAUUGCAAAUCAAGAUGGUAAGAAACUAGCUAGACAACCAUAUAGACAUGAAGGGCAUUGAAGCCUAGAAGUUAAAGUGAACUGACCUUCAUGAUCUAAGUAGAUAGAUCUUUAUAUAAUCUUUGAAUAAGCUAAUUUAAUUAGCAAGAGUCAUCGGUCUUGUGACAAAGCACAAGCACCAAAGUCUUAGGGCAUAUUUGAUUGGAAGGAUUAAAGCA